GAAGCAAUUUUUUAAUGGCUACAUUAUCUCUAAUAAAUUCCUUCUCAGUCUUGCCGUCCCAGAAUCCGAUUUUAACUUUCUUCUCCCUCUCCAGCCUCCGCUCUCAGAUCCGCCGGCGGCCGCCGUUCGCCGCCUCUGCAUCCCGCAAAAUCAACCGCCGGAAGAAGCCUCCGCCGGAAACCGACAUGUCCGUCGCCGUUCAGAUGCCCCUCCGUCGCGACAGAGACGACGACCCUUUUAAUCGGGAAGGGAGUAUGCUGACAGCUGAAGGGGAACAAGAGAUGUGCUCAUCUAGUAUGGAUUCGCCUUCCAAGAAUAGAUCUCUCAGAAUACCUUUCAGAUGCUUUGGUGUGGACCUAACUCCAGACAACAUUGCAGUUGCUAUGGUUUAUUUUGUCCAAGGUGUCUUAGGCCUUUCUAGGCUUGCUGUCAGUUUUUAUUUGAAGGAUGAUCUGCAUCUAGAUCCUGCAGAGACAGCUGUGAUAUCCGGAUUCUCAACAUUACCAUGGCUUAUCAAGCCUCUCUAUGGAUUUUUGAGUGAUUCUGUCCCUCUUUUUGGGUACCGAAGGAGAUCUUACUUGGUUCUAUCUGGGCUUCUUGGAGCACUCUCAUGGAGCUUGAUGGCCACCUUUGUUGACAGCAAGUAUGGUGCUGCUUUAUGCAUACUUCUUGGAUCUCUUUCUGUUGCAUUGUCUGAUGUCGUUGUAGAUUCCAUGGUUGUAGAGAGAGCUCGUGGCGAGUCGCAAAGCAUGUCAGGAUCUCUUCAAUCAUUAUGUUGGGGUUCCUCAUCUGUCGGAGGAAUUGUGAGUUCCUACUUUAGUGGCUCGCUAGUGGAGGCUUAUGGUGUUAGGUUCGUUUUUGGUGUCACAGCAUUGCUUCCCCUUAUAACGUCUGCAGUUGCUGUACUUGUCGAAGAGAAGCCUGUGCUUGGGCUGGCAAGGGGACAGAAUCUUUCUUUGACCACUCCUGGCUUCGUUGAAAGCUCAAAACAUAACAUCAGACUAUUAUGGGAUGCUGUCAGGCAGCCAAACAUAUUUCUUCCGACUUUAUUUAUUUUCCUUUGGCAUGCAACACCUCAGUCAGAUUCUGCUAUGUUUUACUUCACCACAAAUAGACUUGGUUUCACCCCAGAAUUUCUCGGACGUGUUAAGCUUGUGACAUCAAUAGCAUCACUUCUCGGUGUUGGGCUUUAUAAUGGCUUUCUGAAGAAUGUUCCGCUUCGGAAAAUUUUUCUUGUAACAACUAUUCUUGGCGCAGCUCUUGGGACAACUCAGGUUAUCCUUGUAACGGGACUUAAUCGUCAGUUUGGUAUAAGUGACGAGUGGUUUGCCAUUGGGGAUUCUUUGAUUUUAACAGUUCUUGGUCAGGCUUCUUUUAUGCCUGUCCUAGUAUUAGCAGCUAGAUUAUGUCCUCAGGGAAUGGAAGCAACACUUUUUGCAACCCUCAUGUCCAUUUUGAACGGAGGGUCUCUUCUUGGAGGGCUUAUUGGUGCUGGUCUUACCCAGAUAUUUGGUGUCACCAAGGACAGUUUCGACAACUUAGCCUUUCUUAUAAUUCUCUGUAAUCUCAGCUCCUUGUUACCUCUGCCUCUACUUGGCCUCCUUCCUCGAGAUGACCCCGACGCCAAUUCCAAGGGGAGUGGCGAAGAUAUCGAAAUGAAAUCUAACUAAAAUUUUGAUCCUAUGCCCUACUGAAAGACAAGUUACCUGCAUUAUGUUUCAGAAGCUUGUUAUACACUUUGAAUAGAAAAGUUAUCUUUCCUUAAUCGGAUGCUGGAAAUAACAGUAGAGAGAGGGCUGCAGGGCUGUUGUAUAUAUGACAAUGUGGGGUUUACUUAAAGUAUUUCGGAUUUGAGGAUAGCGCCAUUCUUGCUUCACUUUCGAGCGCCCCUACACUACAGGGUCCCCGGGAAUUAGGUUUUGAGUUGAUAUGCUCAACAUUGACUACAUUGUGGGACGAUUAAUGUAUUUUUGUUUAUUUUGUAA